GCAUGCCUGGCCUGACCUUCCAGGCUGGGUGGGUGGUGGAUGGCUGACCACAGCCCAUGGCAACAGCUGAGGCAGGGGGAGCGGGCAGCUCUCAGCCCCCUGCACGUCUAGCAGGACCCAUGGACACGUUCAGCACCAAGAGCCUGGCCCUGCAGGCCCAGAAGAAGGUCCUGGGCAAGAUGGCGUCUAAGGCCAUGGUGGCUGUCUUGGUGGACGACACCAGCAGUGGGGUGUUGGAUGAGCUAUACCGAGCCACCAAGGAGUUCACGCGAAGCCGCAAGGAGGCACAGAGAGUGGUGAAGAAUCUGGUGAAGGUGGCCGUGAAGGUGGCCGUGCUGAUCCGGGCCGGCCAGCUGGACGGAGAGGAGCUAGCCCUGCUGCAGAGGUUCCAAGGCCGUGCGCGCAGCCUGGCCAUGACCGCCCUGAGUUUCCACCAGGUGGACUUUACCUUCGACCGGCGUGUGCUGGCCGCGGGGCUGCUGGAGUGCCGGGACCUGCUGCACCGGGCGGCUGGGCCACACCUCACUGCCAAGUCCCACGGCCGCAUCAACCACGUCUUCGACCAUUUCGCAGAUGGUGACUUCUUGAGUGCUCUGUACAGCCCGGCUGAGCCCUACAGGACCCACCUGAGCCGCAUCUGUGAUGGGCUGGAGCGGAUGCUGGAUGAGGGUGGCAUCUGACCUGACCCAGCUGCCUGGGGUCCAACUAGGGGCCAGUCUCCCUCUGACCUCUGGCCAGCUGACUGCUGACCUGUUCAUUGGGAUGAAGAAUCACAUACCUUUGCCCUUUCUGUCCUCAUUCUAGAUGGUCUUACCCUGUCCUGACUUCGCCCAGCCCCUCCUUCACCUCUAUUUGUUUUCCCAUCUCCUUCUGUGUCUCAUGAAAUCCAAGCUGGCCUCCUACUUACUGUGUAGCCAAGGAUGAGCCUGAACUCCCAAUCCUCCCACUUCACCUUCACGUGCUGGGUUGACAGGCCUGCGCUACCACACCUGGUUUAUGUGGUGCUGGGGAUGAACCCAAAGGCUCAUGCAUGUUAGGUAAGUGUUUUACCCUCUGUGCUGCAAGCAGUCUAGACACUGAGCUACAAAGCACUAUUUCUUCUGACACAGGGUCCCACUCUGUAGCCCAGGCUGGACUCAUAAUCCUCCUGUCUCAGCUUCCCAAGUGCUGGGAUGACAGCUGUACACCACCACACCUGGCUGUCCAGAUGUUUUUUUUCUUCAAAUGAUAUGGAGAAUUGGGAGAAAAUAAUUGUAUCCCCCUGUGCCGUCCCCUGCAACCUGUGAUUCUUAACCCUCAGGGCUUGCCAAGGUAACUUUUGUGGAAAGUGGGGUUACUGAAAAUUGGAACUUUUAACCUGAUUAUCAGACUAAAGUUCAAUGGGUUUUAAUCUGGCUGACUGGGUAGUUCAGUAGAUAGCCUUCACACUGGGGAUGAAGGAGAGAUGUUUCCACCAGCCCAGGACACCAGGAGUCACUGCUACCACCAGACUGCACAUGUGGAAGAUGGAUUCUUCUGGUGGUUUUGAAAGGACUCACCCUGGCCACAUUAUGACCCUGGCCAUCUAAUUCAAGAGGUGGCACCAAUGUCUGCCGCUCUGAGAUCCCAGUUUGGGGUUCCUAGCCCAGUUUCCUAGAAAAGGAAUAAACAGGGCCCGCAAGAGGGCUCAGCGGGAAAAGACGGUUGUGACCAAGCCUGACAACCUGUUUGAUCCCUGGGACCCACGUUAUAAGGAGAGAACCAACUCCUGCAGGUUGUCCUCUUGACUGCACACAUGCACGCGCGCGCGCGCGCACACACACACAGUCUCUCCUUAAAAAGGAAGAAAUAGAACCACACUGGAGUGCUGUCAAUCCAGUGGGUCCUGACUCAUCAGCUCAGAUGCGCCAUCUAGUUGGAAAGUUCUCACUGGGUCAAUAACACGGUCCCACGCUGUGGGUCUAACCUGGGAAGGCUCAGGUGUCCCUGCCUCCUGAGAGGGGUAAAGCCACUGGAGACACUUGUACACAUUAAAUUAUUUCAUAUUUGGAAAACUAA